UUAAUCUCUACGCUUCUCUCUCUGCAAUUACUCUUUGAGAGCAUCUCUCUCUAGAAUAUUGAGUAUUGCUGACUUGAGCGUUGGAGUGUUUUCCCCGAGGAAACAACCUCGGGAUUUUCAUGUGUAGAAGCAGCUGAGGACUUCAACAGCAUUGGACUGCGAAGCUACCGAAACAUUGGCGCCGUCUGUGGGAAACUCGAAUAAAAAGCUGUGUGAUUUAACCUGCUGAAAAACAAAAUGGUCCGUACCUUUACAGGAGAACAUCCCCCAAGAUAUGAAAUAGACGAACAGGAGGACGAUCACGUAUCUGAGGCCGGAUUGAAUGACUUUAGGCCGAUGCCAAGAAAUCUUUUUGUAGGAGGAGCCGAACAGGAUCACCUAAGUGAGACGGAUGAUGAAAGAACACCAACUGGGUAUGCAACCCAGCCUGAACAGUUCCAAGCUCCAACAGGAACGAGACAAAGAUAUGCCAGACCAAACAAUGCACAGCGUGAACGACCUGAAAGGUCAACAGAACCUGCUCGGACAACCGAGCUCGAAGAGAGAACCAGAGUUCUUGAAAUGGCAAUGGGAAGAAUCCUUGCCCGCUUAAUCCCUGAUGACCCCCUGAUUCCUUUGCUGAACAGGGAUGCACAACCAGCUGCGGUUGUGGCAACUCGAAACUCCCCCGCUCUAAGCAACAUAGUGGUGCCGACCAGGCCAAGGGGAAGUGGAAAGCUAAAUAUCGAGCCCAGCUCAUCCAAGCACAGCGAAGAACUGCUGAAGAAGAACGCAGACCUUGAAAGGCAGCUACGAGAUGUACAAAAGUCUAUAGACGAGCUGAAAAGUCCCAGGUCGUAUCAGCAAACUCUUGAUUUAGAUAGCGCCCCAUUGAACCUAUCCAUCACAGCAGAACCGUAUCAAGAGGGAUUCAAAAUUCCCCACUUAGAGACGUAUGAUGGCUCGGGCGACUCGGAUGAACAUCUGAACACUUAUCAAGCCAUCAUGAGAAUCCAAAAUGCCAAUGACACCAUGAUGUGCAAAGUGUUCCCAGCAACACUUAAGACAACAGCAAGGAGAUGGUAUCACAAACUCCCCAGACAUUCCAUAGACUCCUAUUCCCAGCUCGCCAAGUUAUUCUCCAACAAAUUUGCGAGCCAAAGGGAGAUUAAACGUACAGCAACUGAACUAAUGCAGGUUCAUCAGAAAAAGGGAGAGUCUUUGAGGGACUACAUGCAGCGAUUCAACAAAGCUACUUUGGACAUUGAUAACGUCCCCGAUACCAUUUGCUUAUCUGCCUUGUUGCAUGGCCUGAAGCCUGGCCGGUUUUUGGACGACCUGCUGGAGAAUCCACCCAAGUCAUGGAAUGAAGUAAAUGACAGACACGGAAAAGAACCCAAGCAGCAUGAAAACAGAGAUGACAAGAAGAAACAGAAGAUUGGCGAGCAGAGAGGGAAACCGUCCUCUUAUCCAAAAUAUGACAGUUAUAUACCCCUGAGCUCGUCACGAUCCCAGAUAUUGUCGCAGAUACAGCACUGGGUCAAGAGACCCCCUCCACAGACGCAUGAUUCUUUACGAACUGACAGAAGCAAAUACUGCGACUAUCACCGUGUCUACGGCCAUAACACAGAAGACUGCCAGAGUCUGAAGGACGAGCUCGAAUUCUUGGCCCGCAAUGGAAAAUUGGAGGGGUAUGUGCAGAAGCCUUUUGUUCGGCAACCCACCCAGACCCAUUUUGUACAAGAGUACGGCCGACCUCAAGUACCUGGGUAUCAGCUCGGUAGCAACCCAAAUUCUUACCAGACCGUUCCGUACCCGUUUGAGCCGACCAAAGCAUACAGGGGGCGCCCGUUCAAUAGGCGUGGGCAAGGACAGAAAACACCUACGCAGAACCAAAGAGACCACAGAGGAGUCGGGUAUGGUGGAAUACCCCCGCCAUCUGGCACAAUCAAUAUGAUCUCUGGUGGUAUACAUGCAGGAGGUCAUAGCGCCCGAGCCCGCAAGGCAUACGCUCGCCAGGUGAUGACAAUAAAUAAGAACCGGCCUCUUAAGCGUCCAUUUGAAGAGGCAGAGUGGGAGAAUGCGGCCAUAACAUUUAGUCCGGCAGAUUACCUGCGAGUAGGAGAGCCUGACGUUGUGAUGCCUCAUGCGGAUCCUUUUGUAGCAACAGUCCAUAUAGGCAACCAUAACGUCAAUAAGGUCUUCAUUGACACUGGGAGCUCACCUGAUAUCCUGUAUUGGAGCUGCUUUCAAAAGAUGCAGCUGAACCCCAGCUCAUUACAAAAGUAUGAAGGGCCUAUCUAUGGGUUCGACAAUCAACCUGUUCCAGUGCAGGGAGUAAUCACACUACCCAUUUAUGUGGGCUCGGAACCACACUUCAGGAUGGCUUCAGUCAGUUUCCUGGUCGUCAAAAUGGAAUCGGCCUUCAACGCCAUACUAGAAAGGGCUACUCUGUGCGAACUGAAGGCUGUCAUCUCACAGCCUCAUCUCUGCAUGAAAUUCCCAACGCCUCAAGGGGUGGGAGUGCUGAAGGGGAAUCAGAAGAUGGCCAGGGCAUGUUAUCAGGAUGCGUUUAAGAAGGUUGAGCUCGCUGUAGCCCCUGGAGGAUCCCAAAGUAGUAGGCCGACUCAGCCCGGCCAGCAGACAAUGAGCAUAUCGGACAUUGAACAUAGACCUGAGGGUGUCGAGCAAAAAGCAGAGCCGGUAGAACCAGUGGAAACCGUUCCUUUAAACCCUGAUGUGCCGGAAAGAACAGUAAAGAUAGGCACUAAACUCACAGAGGAAGAACGAGCAGAGCUUCUGGAGUUUUUUAGGGUCAAUCAAGAUGUGUUCGCGUGGGUUACUGAUGAAAUGCCUGGCAUCCCGGCAGAGUUGACAGUCCACAAACUUAGCACAGAUCCCACCAGAAGGCCGGUGGUGCAGAAACGUCGCCUUUUUGGCCCAGAGAAACAAGCCGCCAUAGACGAGGAGAUACAAAAGCUGUUACAGGCAGGCUUCAUUAGAAGAGUGGAGUACUUUAAGUGGGUGUCCAACCCUGUGCUCGUCAAAAAGCCAAAUGGCAAGUGGAGGAUGUGUAUUGACUUCACCAACCUCAAUGAUGCGUGUCCAAAAGACCCUCAUCCCUUGCCAAACGUCGAGAAGUUAGUGGAGCGGGCAGCUGGGCAUGCACGGAUGAGUUUUCUCGACGCCAACUCGGGCUAUCACCAGGUUCAGUUGCUGUUGGACGACCAAGAGAAAACAGCUUUCUACGCAGGGGACGCUAUCUACUGCUAUGUCAUGAUGCCGUUCGGCCUAAAAAAUGCCGGAGCAACAUACCAGAAGCUGGUCCAGAUCAUCUUUAAGCUCCAGAUCGGCAGGAACAUAGAAGUGUAUGUAGAUGACAUGAUAGUCACCAGCGUGCGAGCUGAGGAUCACAUUGGCGACCUGGAUGAAACUUUUCAAAACCUGCGCCGAGCACAAAUGAAGCUGAAUCCCUUGAAAUGCACAUUUGCUGUAGAGUUGGGAAAAUUCCUAGGAUACGUAGUAUCCCAAAAAGGAAUUGAGGUAAAUCCAGAAAAGGUUGAGGUCGUUCAGCAGAUGGAGCCACCAAGAACUGUCAAGGACGUGCAGCGUUUGACGGGCCGUGUUGCUGCGUUGCACCGGUUUAUAGCCAGAUCGGCAGAAAGAUGCCUUCCGUUUUUCAAAGCUCUGCGGGAGCCUAAGAACUUCCAGUGGACCAAUGAAUGUCAACAGGCCUUUGACGAACUCAAACGAUAUUUGGCCUCCGCACCCCUGCUGUCCAAGCCUGUCAACGAAGAAUGCUUAUACCUUUAUCUGGGGGUCACAGAAGAAGCAGUGAGUUCAGUACUACUAAGGGAGGAGGAUAAACAUCAGAAGCCUAUCUGCUACGUGAGCAAGGUGUUACAAGGUGCCGAGCAGAACUACCCAUUAGCAGAAAAGGCUGCAUUUGCCCUGGUUUACACAGCUCGUAAGUUGCGGGCUUACUUUCAAUCAAAUCAGAUUGUUGUCUACACUAACUUGCCAUUGAGAAAGAUACUGCAGAAACCUGAACUCUCUGGUCGGCUUGUUGGAUGGAGCGUCGAGCUGAGUGAAUAUGACCUCAGGUUUCAGCCGCGCACAACCAUAAAAGGCCAGGCCGUCGCGGACUUUCUGGUGGAGUGCAUCUCAGCGACAAAGGAAGAAAAAGCACCUGAACACCCUAUCUGGAUUUUAUAUGUUGAUGGAGCAGCUAACAUAGAAGGAUCAGGUGCUGGAGCAGUGUUAGUGGGCCCAGAUGGCUUUAGGUCUGAGCACGCACUAAGGUUUAAGUUUCAGGCGACUAAUAACGCUGCAGAAUAUGAAGCCCUCAUUUACGGACUAAAGCUAGCGUCCGAGCUGAAGGUACAAAGCAUUCAGGUCUUCAGCGACUCUCAGCUCGUUGUAGGCCAGGUCAAUGGCAGCUGUGAGAUCAGGGACCCCCAACUCGGCCGUUAUGCCUCUGUGGUCAACAGACUGAAGUCAAUGUUUGUUCUUUUCCAAAUUGAUAAAAUACCCAGAGCGGAUAACCACCGAGCCGACGAGCUGUCAAAAUUGGCCUCCUCGCAGAACCUUAAUCCUCAGAGGUCGACAAUCGUUGAGGUGCUUGACGCCCCAAGCUACACCGAUCUCGCAGCUGAGUGCCAACUGUUGAGUACAGACCCCUCUACACCGAGCUGGACCACCCCGCUAAUAAGUUAUUUACAAAGUGGAGAGCUACCUGAAGAUCAGUCCAUUGCAAAGCUGGUCAGGCGCAGGGCGGCACAUUUCACUUUGAUAGAUAAUCAGCUCUACAAACGGGCAGCCUCUAUGCCCCUAUUACGCUGUCUCACUCCUUUUGAAGCUGAAUAUGCUGUGAGAGAAAUUCAUGAAGGAGUAUGUGGCACGCAUAUUGGGGGCAAAACCUUAGCUCGAAAGCUCCUGAGGCAUGGGUAUUACUGGCCAACUAUGGUUGAGGACGCACAGAGCUAUGUCAAAAAGUGCCCGACCUGCCAGUUCAAUGCUGAUAACAUUCACAUGCCAGGGGAAACGCUAUCAUCCCUUACGUCUCCCUGGCCCUUUGCUCAAUGGGGUGUCGACCUGCUCGGCCCUUUCGUCAAAGUUCCUAGCUCAGCUCGGUCAUCUGCACGCAGGUUUGGCAUACCUCAGCGGAUUAUUGCCGAUAAUGGGCCGCAGUUCCAAGCAGCAGCACUGAGAUCGUUCUGCAAUGACUAUGGCAUUGAGCUCUCCUUAACAUCUGUGUACACCCCGCAGUCAAACGGACAGGCCGAGUCUGCCAAUAAAAUCGUUUUGCAAGGCCUUAAGACACGUGUUAUAGCCGCGCGUUCUAAUUGGGUUGACGAGCUCCAUAAAGUACUUUGGUCAUGUCGCACGACACCCAGCUCGGCCACGGGCGAAACUCCGUUCAGCCUGGCAUAUGGAGCUGAGGCCGUCAUUCCUGUAGAGGUCGGUCUGCCAUCUGUUAGAUCAGAUCGUCAGGACGAUCAGAAUAAUGGGCAACUCCUAAGAGAAAACCUAGACCUAGUGGAAGAAGUAAGGGAAAUGGCUCGAAUUAGGAGCGUGGCACACCAAAGCCGUGUGGCAAAGUUUUAUAACAAGAGAGUUCGGGCUCUCGACAGUUUCAGGUCGGCGAUCUAGUUCUACGCAAAGCUGGAUUAACCAAUGCCUAUUCGCAUAUGGGCAAGCUCGCUCCUAAUUGGGAAGGCCCUUAUAUGGUUAUUAAUAUUAAACGACCUGGGUGUUA